AUGAUGCUCAUCGAUAGUGAGCGUGCUCGUGGAUCUUGGCUUACGUAUAAGCGUCUACAGUUGGAUAUACAGCAAGAAGAAUACAAAGUUAUCAUCGACUUCAUCCACGCCGAUUUUGCUCAACUCAAAAACGAGCUUAUCAAGCAUUGUCAGCAGUGGCGCGAGAAGCUCACGGACCUGCUCCAUGACAGGGCUAAGCAGCAGCUGGACUCCAUACUCGGGUACUUUACUAGCAAUAGUAAGAUUCUACUCUCUACCCCCCGGAAUUUCGAUCAGCUUCGGGAGCGGAUACAUCUACUGGACACUUGCUCGAAUGACAUUGGGAGCAUGGACGACAGGAUCAAACCUGUUGAAGAUAUGUACCAAGCGUUAGCCGACUUUGAUGUCGCGACGAGUGAUGUUGAAACAGCUCGUAAAAUGUCGAUGAGGCCACGCCUUGAGAACUUUAAGGACAAUCUGGUCGAGGCAGGGGAG